AUGUUUUUAUCAUAUGACGUGAUUGCGACGUUUGGUGUGUCAGCGUUGGUGUCGUUCUUCCUGUCAGUGACUCUACUUCUAAUGGUGGCAUCUAAAAGAGGACUUCUACGGACCACUAGUUCUGAGCCCCUAAUGCCGCCAAUGAAAGAAAAAAUACAGAUUAUGCCGUCUGCUCCUGAACUGGCACCACUUGCUGAAACUAGA